AUGGAGGACCUCGGACUGGCCGUGUCAACUAACACCCCCUUUCGUUUUCUUGAUCUCCCUUUUGAAAUUCGUCAUGAGAUUUAUUCCCAUUGCAUCCCCUACAACAGUCACUUUGAGGAGAUUCGCUAUUUCCGAGCCCGCCCUAGCAUGCCACAGUUUAGCAGGACGGCAAACGUCAAGAAUAAGCAUGCUAUUCUCCGUGUGUCAAGACAAGUCAGCGAAGAGUGCUUGAACAUGUUAUAUGGUAGGAACCGCUUCUAUAUCACCCUCAACGCAUCUAGACGAUGCCUGGUUGCCAACCGGAUCACCGCUGAAAACCGAGCGAGGAUCCGAGACGUCGUGGUUAUUGUACGUCAUAUGGGACCAGCAUACAGUCGCCAGAUGCCAGUGCCAGCUGACGGGCUGUGGUCUUCAUUACUGCCCGGCCUGAGACAGCUGAAGAUCAUUGCAGAGCAGCCGGCGCAGCCUGCUCAUUUGCCAUAUGACCCAGCCCUCGCCGAGAAGAUCAGGAGCUGGGCUGGGUGGUUCGGGCCCUUGAUGGAGUGCUUUGCCAAGUACCUGACAUCUUACACCGUGGUCGAAGUCGAUGAGGAUGGCAAGGAGGCCACCACGGAGCUUGUCAAGCAGUAUCUACCUCAUAGGUAUCGGACGGUUCGGGACGGUAUCCACGGCGAUUUUAUCUUUCAGAGGGGACGGUUCGCCUUGACAGCAUGA